UACCGCUCAUCUCGCCCUCCAGGGUUCGGCUUCGUUGAGUUUGAGAGCUCUCGUGACGCCGAGGAUGCCGUCCACAAUUUCAAUGGCAAGAGCUUCAUGGGCGCCAAGUAUGGCCAGGAGCGUGUCCAAAGCAUGGACAAGUAUGCUGACGUUUGUGUUUUCUAGCAUCGUCGUGGAGUUUGCCAAGGAAUCCCGUCCAAAGCGCGACACCUACGAGACCGACCGUCCUCCUCGUACUAGAAGGCCCCCUGGCCAUCGCCUCGUUGUGUCUGGAAUCUCGCGCGACACCAGCUGGCAGGUAUGCGUCUUCCCACGCUGUUCGCUUCGAUACCCGGCGUCAGAAGACCAAUCAGACGAUUCGAUUGCGAGAGCUAACACUAACUUCUCCCUUCACAGGACUUGAAAGAUUUUGGUCGCGAAGCCGGAAGCGUUUCCUAUGCUGAUAUCGACCGGGAUCGACCGGGAGAGGGGUAAGUGUCAACGGUUAGA